AUGGCUACGAAAAGGGUAGUCGUUGCGGGCGGAAGCGGUUUUCUAGGCUCGAGGAUAUGCAGGUCUGCGGUAGCCAGAGGCUGGUCGGUAACUUCUCUCAGCCGGACCGGAGAGCCACGAUGGGAUGCGAUUUCGAGUUCGCCCGAACGCCCUAGUUGGGCGAGCUCUGUAGAAUGGGCUAGAGCAGAUAUGCUGAAACCCGAGUCUUACAAGCCUUUCUUGAGCGGUGCUACUGCUGUUGUACACACCAUGGGCAUUAUCCUAGAGGCCGACUACAAAGGCGUGGUGCAAGGAAGAGAACCCAUCAUUAGUGGCCUACAAAGGGCCUUCAGCUCCUCCAAAAUGGGCAGCCAGAAUCCCCUACAAAGGCGGGAAGGAGAGCCAUUGAAAGCAAAGGAAAGAGAUGGACAAUUGACUUAUGAGCUGAUGAACAGAGAUUCCGCAAUUGCACUAGCCCAAGAGACCUCCAACGAGCAUGUCCCAACAUUUGUAUUCAUUUCCGCCGCAGCGGGGGCGCCUGUUCUUCCGAGCAGAUAUAUCACAACCAAACGAGAAGCUGAAACAACCAUAUCGACGACAAUCCCGGAAUUGCGGAGUAUCUUCAUCCGAGCUCCAUUUAUGUACGACUCAAGCAGAAAGUUUACAUUGCCAAUAGCACUUGGAGGCUUCAUUGGGUCUCAGUUCAAUGAGCUUUUGGGCAAUAGACUUGACUUUCUCGGCACAAUGGUGACCAAACCUUUUCAGGUGGACAUGGUAGGCGAGGCCGUGGUUGAGGCGAUGGAGGACGAGUCCGUGCGUGGUGCUGUAGGAACAAAGAAAAUCGAAGCUCUGGCCACGAGUGCUUGGAGAAAAAGCAUGCUAUGA